AUGGACGUCCGCCUGUACCCCUCGGCGCCCGCGGUGGGCGCGCGGCCCGGGGCCGAGCCGGCCGGCCUGGCGCCCCUGGACUAUUACCACUGCGGCAAGUUUGAUGGUGAGAGUGCCUACGUGGGGAUGAGUGACGGAAACCCAGAGCUCCUAUCAACCAGCCAGACCUUCAACAGCCAGAACGAGAGCAACGAAGACUAUGAGAUCCCCCCAAUAACACCUCCCAACCUCCCCGAGCCAUCCCUCCUGCACCUGGGGGACCACGAAGCCGGCUACCACUCGCUGUGCCACGGCCUCACACCCAACGGACUGCUCCCUGCUUACUCCUACCAGGCCAUGGACCUCCCAGCCAUCAUGGUGUCCAACAUGCUGGCCCAGGACAGCCACCUGCUAUCGGGGCAACUGCCCACGAUCCAGGAGAUGGUCCACUCGGAGGUUGCUGCCUAUGACUCGGGCCGACCAGGGCCCCUGCUGGGCCGCCCGGCGAUGCUGGCCAGCCACAUGAGCGCCCUCAGCCAGUCCCAGCUCAUUUCUCAGAUGGGCAUCCGGAGCGGCAUCGCCCACAGCUCCCCAUCACCCCCAGGGAGCAAGUCAGCGACCCCCUCUCCCUCCAGUUCAACUCAGGAGGAGGAAUCGGAGGCACAUUUCAAGAUGUCGGGAGAAAAGAGACCUUCAGCUGAUCCUGGCAAAAAGGCCAAGAACCCAAAGAAGAAGAAGAAGAAGGAUCCCAAUGAGCCGCAGAAACCUGUGUCAGCCUACGCACUCUUCUUCAGAGACACUCAGGCUGCCAUCAAGGGACAGAACCCCAGCGCGACCUUCGGGGAUGUCUCCAAAAUCGUGGCCUCCAUGUGGGACAGCUUGGGAGAGGAGCAGAAGCAGGCCUACAAGAGGAAGACCGAAGCAGCGAAGAAGGAGUAUCUGAAGGCUCUGGCAGCCUACAGGGCCAGCCUUGUUUCCAAGAGCUCCCCUGACCAGGGUGAGACCAAGAGCGCUCAGGUGAACCCUCCGGCCAAGAUGCUCCCCCCCAAACAGCCCAUGUACGCCAUGCCGGGCCUGGCCUCCUUCCUGACGCCAUCUGACCUGCAGGCCUUCCGCAGUGGGGCCUCCCCUGCCAGCCUCGCCCGGACGCUGGGCUCCAAGUCGCUGCUGCCCAGCCUCAGCGCCUCCCCGCCGCCACCACCCUCCUUCCCUCUCAGCACACCCCUGCACCAGCAGCUGCCACUGCCACCCCAUGCCCAGGGCACCCUCCUCAGCCCACCUGUCAGCAUGUCCCCAGCCCCCCAGCCUCCCGUCCUGCCCACUCCCAUGGCACUCCAGGUGCAGCUGGCCGUGAGCCCCUCACCUCCAGGGCCACAGGACUUCCCUCACAUCUCUGAGUUCCCCAGCAGUUCCGGAUCCCGCUCCCCUGGCCCGCCCAACCCCACGAGCAGCGGAGACUGGGACAGCAGUUACCCCAGCACCGAGUGUGGCGUCAGCACCUGCAGCCUGCUCCCCAGGGAUAAAUCGCUCUACCUCACCUAA